AUGGGUCUUAGUCUGGUACUAUUCACAUUCAUAGUGGGAUUUAUAAGUUUCCCCCUCACAAUCAUUGCUAUCUUCAUCUACGUCCUACCUAAUGUCAAAUCUGGAGAAUCAACAUUCACAGACAAUAGAGAUGGAGAGAAAGACGCAGAGGAGAAACAUAAAGACCUAAGAGCCGGUGAGCUCGAAGAGAAACACCAAUCGGGUUUGGAGGCUUUCAAAUCAGGUUGGUUAAUCAUCACCAGCGAAUAUAUCGAAAGUACAGAUGAAAUCAAUCGAAAUACAACCUCAAUUGUGGAGUCACCAGAAAACAAAUCAGCAUAUUCUACUCUCUAUAAGAUUGUAAACCGACAACAACAGCAGCAGCAAGAUCAUCAACACAUAGACGCAGAGUCUAAUCCUGCCAAUGGCGACGCUUCCGAAACGGCUUCCUUGUCCUCUUUGCAAACACUGAACUCGACACCAAUCUCACCACCAUUAAAACCCCAACAAAUGGGCCAACCACAGGCACCCACGGGUGCAGCCAAUGCCGCAGCCAUGAGACAAUCAGUCAAAAAACAUAGAUACUUUGCCGUUUUGAAAAAUGGUAAUUUGUUCACAUACAAAGAUGAACUGAUGAAGGAGUUUCAACAGGUUUACGUGUUGGACAAGUAUUUUGUCACUAUCUGGCCAAGAAUGUUGACAGAUGCACACUUGUUCACAAAGUACACAGCAAUUGGACUUAUCAACCUUGAGUCCAAAACCAAAAAAGUGAAACCCAACACAUUCAUAUAUUGCGAUACCAACUACGAAAAAGAAGAUUGGUAUUUUGCAUUGAUCAGAGCCACAAAGCACGACUCAUCAUACUCGGCACUACAUGCGUCACCAUCUACACCAUCGCUUUCAUCUUCCUCAACAACAACAACAACAGCAGCACCAGCACCAGCACCAGCACCAGCGAAUGCCCAAUCAUCUUCCUCAGAUGUAGAAUCCUUGGCUGAUACUGCGCAUCUAAGUGCUUCCGAAUAUGCUCAAACCUUGCACUUUUCAACAAAGGAAAUGAUCAGUCUUAUUCAACAGCUCUAUAGCUCUGAGGGUCACUUGCAAACCAAAUGGUUGAAUGCAUUGAUUGGAAGAUGGUUCUUGGCAAUCAAGGAUACAAAAUACUUUGAAAACUACAUCUACACAAAGUUGAGCAAAAAACUAAACAAGAUCAAGAAACCCGGGUUUUUUGACACUUUUCAAAUCACAGAGAUAUAUCCCGGAACUUCUGCGCCGUUCUUUACUUAUCCCCAACUUAGAGAAAUUAACCCCGAUGGUACAUUGGUGGUAUCAGCAAACAUAUCUUAUUCAGGCGGUAUGUCCGUUACCAUCAAGACUAAAUUGGACUUGGCAUUUGGAACAAAAAUUACCACCCGAGAAGCAGAUCUUACAUUGAAAAUCACAUUCACCAACCUCGAAGGACCCCUUUUGAUAAAGAUGAAACCGCCACCUAGCAAUAGGUUCUGGUAUUGUUAUGAAGUUGAACCAUUGAUGCAGCUUAAAAUAGAACCGGUGCUAAGCAACAAAGCAUUGAGCUACUCUUUUAUUACAAGUUCCAUUGAAAAAAAGUUUAAAGAAGCUAUCAAGGAGAGUUUGGUCUUGCCUCAUUGGGACGAUAUGGUAUUUUUCGAUACUCAAGAUGAGCUAUAUCGUGGUGGAAUAUGGAAGCACAAUAGGGGCGGAGACCUCAGUGAAAACAAAUUGGGCAAAACAGAUCCAUCAGUUGAUCUUGGCUCUGUUUUGGGCACUGAUGGUGAGGAUGAUUUGGAAGCAAAAAUUCGUUUAAGCAAUAGAUCAUUAAAGAAUUCCAAAAUUGGUACUACCAUAACUGAUCUCACGAGGAAGAUGAAACUGAGAAAGACUGCUCUUUCACUGGAAGAUUUCCCAUCCACAACCACAACCACAACAACAACAUCAAAAACAACAUCAAACACGCCAACCACGCCAAAUUUGAGCUCAACCGGUCCAGUAAAGGCAAGAGAUGCGACAGAAUCUCCUUCUGUGAUGUCAAAUACAUUAAAAAAAAUUGGCAAAUGGUAUUUCAAAGACGAUAUAAAACAACUGUCACAUUUGGCUCAACAAGACACCAAAUUUCCACGGGACCCAGCAAACAAGUUGAAACCUUCUUCCUCCUCCUCGGCAGUCUCAGUUUCUGGCUCAUCCUCUGCUUCAGAACCGUAUCAUCCACCAGAGAUGAUAUCAAAUAGACGACCCAAUCGCAAAAGCUCGAAUGCAUCGGCAUCUGGCAUUGGUACUAACACCACCAUCAUCGCCAGCAAUACUAAUAGCAAUGAUGGCGGUAAGAGUUCAGAACGGAUCUUAACAGAUGGUGUACCUAGUACAAUUUCUGAACAUGCUAAUCCCUCUUUACAGCCUCCUGCACUUCCAGAACGACCUCCCUCAUUCAACUUUGCUCGAUUCGAUAAUGAUUCAAACAUUUCAAACUUUGAACCUCCUCGUGGUACAAAGUCAUCGUCAUCUCGUACACCACAAAGAAAACCAUCCAAUAUAAACCCCAGUACCACUACUUAUCCCAAUUCUAGUACUGGUGCUCAUGUCCGUGCUAAUGCCAGUGCCAGUACUCCUAUAUCCACAUCAGCAGCACCUUAUUCUCUGAGCCAUACGCAUACUGCAGGCUCAUUAAGCGCAUCUGGUUUUCUAUCAACAAUUAGCCACUUACCGGACUCGCCAACUUUAAAGCAAGAUGAUAUGUUCAACGAUACAAAUCUGAAUUUAAAUAAACCAGGAGAUGUGAGUCGAAGCGCAAGCUUGAAUCGUUUUAGCUUAAACGAUACUACAGGAACGACAUCGUCGGGAGGUGGUGAUAGUGGUGCUGCAAUUGACCCAGGUGCUAGCAUAUUGACUAGUGAGCCCACUGUCGGUUUGUCUCAGCCUGCAACUCCAAAGAGAACCAAGACUUUGAGAAAACCACCCCCGGCAGAAACUAUACAGUUCCAACCCAACGAUAACACAACUGAUUCAGAGACGAGCAAGCAAUUGAAUGAAAAUGUUUGA